AUGGAAGGCAUGAGAUAUGUAGUGGAGGUUGAGAAAGCGAGGGAAGCAACACAAGGUAAACCAUCAAUGGGUCCCGUUUACCGGGGCAAGUAUCAGAAUGAUUCCACUCCUCCUCCCAUCGACGUUCUCAAUAGCUGUUGGGACAUUUUCCGAUCGGCUUAUGAGAAGUUUCCAACAAAUGCAAUGCUUGGUACCCGGGAAAUUGAGAAUGCAAAAGCUGGCAAGUACAAGUGGCAAACUUACAAAGAAGUGUACGAGGUGAUACAGAAAGUUGGAAGCUCUAUCCGCAGUUGUGGUUACGGGCAAGGAGUAAAAUGCGGUAUCUAUGGUGCCAAUUGCCCUGGGUGGAUAAUAAGCAUGGAGGCCUGUAAUGCUCAUGGACUUUAUUGUGUUCCUUUGUAUGAUACAUUAGGUGCUGGAGCAGUGGAGUUUAUUAUAUGCCAUGCAGAGAUCUCAAUUGCUUUUGUAGAAGAAAAGAAGAUAUCCGAGCUAUUGAAGACAUUUCCAAAUGCAUCAAAGUUUCUCAAGACACUUGUGAGCUUUGGAAAGUUUACUCCAGAACAAAAGCAACAAGUUGAAAAUUUGGGGGUGAAAAGCUAUUCAUGGGAUGAAUUUUUACAAGUGGGUGAAAAUCAGAAUUUUGAUCUUCCUGUGAUAAAAAAGAGUGACAUCUGUACAAUAAUGUAUACAAGUGGAACAACUGGUGACCCUAAGGGAGUCCUGUUAUCCAAUGAGUCCGUACUUACUGCGGUAUCUGCGAUACUGCAAUUUCUAAGUAGUUGCAAACACUCUUUGCGGAAUAAAGAAGUGUAUAUAUCAUAUCUUCCCCUUGCUCAUAUCUUUGAUAGGGUUAUUGAGGAGGCAAUGAUAUAUGUUGGUGCCUCAAUAGGAUUCUGGCGUGGGGAUGCCAGAUUGUUACUUGAAGACGUUGCGGAGCUAAAACCAACUAUUUUCUGUGCUGUUCCACGUGUGCUUGAAAGAGUGUACUCAGGCUUGCAAAAUAAGAUUUCUGCUGGGGGGUUUGUGAAGCAGACAAUGUUCAAUUUUGCUUACUCAUACAAGUUGAAUAAUCUAAUGAACGGAGUAGGCGUUGAGGACGCAGCUCCAUUGUUUGACAAACUUGUAUUUAGCAAGAUAAAACAAAGCUUAGGGGGUAGAGUACGAAUUCUUUUGUCUGGAGGAGCACCACUAGCUAAACACGUGGAACUUUUUUUGCGGGUUGUGACUUGUUCUCUUGUCAUACAAGGAUAUGGAUUGACUGAAACGGGUGCGGCAUCAUUUGCCCAGCUAUUAAACAACUUCGACAUGCUUGGUACAGUGGGGGUUCCACUACCAUAUGUGGAUGCAUGCUUGGAAUCUGUUCCUGACAUGGGAUAUGAUGCCCUUGCAAGCACACCAAGGGGAGAGGUAUGUAUAAGGGCUGGUACUUUGUGUUCAGGGUAUCACAAAAGGGAAGAUCUCACCAACGAGGCUAUAAUAGAUGGAUGGUUCCAUACAGGGGAUAUUGGAGAGUGGCAACCAAAUGGAAACUUGAAAAUUAUUGAUCGGAAGAAGAAUAUAUUUAAGCUUUCACAAGGAGAAUAUGUUGCUGUUGAACACCUGGAGAAUGUUUAUGGUCAAAGCUCUGUUCUUGAAUCAAUAUGGGUCUAUGGAAGCAGUUUCGAGGCCUACCUUGUUGCCGUGAUUAACCCCAAGAAAGAUGCACUUGAAAGGUGGGCGGAAGAAAAUAAUAUAACCAAGGACUACAAUUCUCUAUGUGAAGAUCCAAAGGCAAAAGCCUACGUGCUUGCAGAACUCGUAAAUACUGCCAAGGCAAAAAAGUUGAAAGGUUUUGAGUUCAUAAAAGCGAUUCAUCUAGACCCGGUUCCUUUUGACCAAGACCGUGACCUUAUCACGCCAACAUUUAAGAAGAAGAGACCUCAGAUGCAUAAAUACUACAAGAAUAAUAUUGACGAAAUGUACAAGUCAAUAAACAACAAAACCAGUGCGUAAGAUAUUACUACUUGGAGCUACCUUCAUGGAAACGUUUUUUUUUUUUUUUUCUUCAUGAGAUUUCGCCCUCUUUUUCCCUCAAACUUUCGAUGAUUCUAUAGAUGGUUUUUCAUAGAUAGCUGCUGAACUGAACCGUAGAAGGACUUAGGUAAAACUAUAUUUAGAACAAUAUUAAUUAUGCAAUAUGCUUAUUCUUGCGACAGCAAUGAACGGAUAUCGAGAAUGUGCAUGUCAACUCUUAUGCUCCAAUGCUGUACUCAGUUACACAUUUUGGAGCCUUAGAUAUGGAUGCAUGAUUAGACCGAAAAGCUUAUUAACCAUCUAUGGAUGCUAUUAACCCGUUAAUCCCGUCG